AUGUACAGGCCAAACGCAGCUACGUGCGAGGUGUGCGGGAGACGAAUGGCCACUGCAUUUGCGAUGAAGGCUCACCUGAGGAUACAUACGGGUGAAAGACCCUUCCAGUGCACCCAGUGUGACAAGACAUACCUUUCAAACGACGCACUAGGCCAUCACAAACGGUCAAAACACAAGAAAGCCAACACACAAGGUUAUCAACUCAAAGUGUGUCUUUCAAAUAUCAAGCGGGACGAUUUAAAUAAACAAAAUAAACAUCCAGAUAAUACGUGGUGCAAUAAAGGAAAACAACAACACAAAACUACAAAGGCGGAUAGUGAAAAAUGGGAGCUCAUUGGUGAUGAGAAGCAUGGGACAAGCGAGAUAACUCAGUCCGUGUUCGUGAUGGACGACCAUGUCUUCCCUACUUUCAAAGACACUGAAAAGACUCUGGAAUUCGAACAUUCGGAAGUGAAUCGUAGACACGGUGAUGAACAGAUAAAUUUGAAUUUUUUGUCUGAUAACGUUCCACAACCGUCAGUCGACGUUACCUGUAAGAAUAACACAGGUCGUCAUUUUGAGUUUGAGUCUCGGGAUCUGAACACACAACGUUGUAGCAAUGACAACGAAGAAGCUAUAGUUGGUUCCGCUACGUGCGAGGUGUGCGGGAGACGAAUGGCCACUGCAUUUGCGCUGAAGGCUCACCUGAGGAUACAUACGGGUGAAAGACCCUUCCAGUGCACCCAGUGUGACAAGACAUACCUUUCAAACGACGCACUAGGCCAUCACAAACGGUCAAAACACAAGAAAGCCAACACACAAGGUUAUCAACUCAAAGUGUGUCUUUCAAAUAUCAAGCGGGACGAUUUGAAUAAACAAAGUAAACAUCUAUAUAAUACGUGGUGCAAUAAAGGAAAACAACAACACAAAACUACAAAGGCGGAUAGUGAAAAAUGGGAGCUCAUUGGUGAUGAGAAGCAUGGGACAAGCGAGAUAACUCAGUCCGUGUUCAUGAUGGACGACCAUGUCGUCCCUACUUUCAAAGACACUGAAAAGACUCUGGAAUUCGAACAUUCGGAAGUGAAUCGUAGACACGGUGAUGAACAGAUAAAUUUGAAUUUUGUGUCUGAUAACGUCCCACAACCGUCAGACGACGUUACCUGUAAGAAUAACACAGGUCGUCAUUUUGAGUUUGAGUCUCGGGAUCUGAACACACAACGUUGUAGCAAUGACAACGAAGAAGCUAUAGUUGGUUCCGCUUGGGAAUGUAACCGCGGUUCUGAUAAUGUACCGGAACAGGGUGUUGGUAUGCACAAAAACUCAAAGCAGACACUGCAAAAUGGAAAGCAAAUUCUUAAAAAGCCUUACAAGUCUAAUUCAUGUCAAGGGUCAUUUGCGAUUAAAAAGGGGUUCGAGAAGCACAUAAUGGCAUCAGACUAUGAAACAGGAGGUAAGAAACGGGCGUUUGAAUGCGUUGUCUGUGAUAAGGUAUAUGUCAGAAGGUGUACCUUAACCAGACACAUGAGAACUCAUACCGCGGAGAAGCCUUCCCAGUGUGAUGUGUGUGAAAUGAGGUUCUAUCGGAGAGACUACAUGCUGAAUCAUAUGAAAAGGGUUCAUAAGCAUGGUAACGAUGGCAACGCGGUCCUUUCGGCACACAAGUUCAAAGUCACCAAGAUCUCCCCGAUCCAAUUCGAAGAAAAAAUAAUAACCGGUGACUGA